GUUCAUUAAAGCACGUGAUUAACUUCGUUUAAAGCUUGAUUCAAGGUUGCUCAACACAUUUUGAUAGUCGAGGCAGGAAGGAAUGAGAAUGAGAAAACGGCUCGGGUUUCAAAGCAAAGACAAGGCCAUUACAACCUGCAGGAUCAAAGGCAGAGUGAAGUGAAGCGUGGCUAGGAGACUUUACUUCCUCACGCCUACAUGGCGAACUUGUGAGCGCAACAUGGCGUCAAAGCAGGUGUUACAGGCACACUUUUAACACUUUAUAGCGGCCCGUGUCGGUUUCCCAUCGUGGGAGAGGAAGUGGCUACAACACAAGACAAACCGGGGGCAUCACUGCUGUGUUUUUGUUCUCCUUUAAUUAUCCGUCGGCGUGGGAAGAAACCAAGUCUCGUGUUUCUGGGGUCAUUAUUUUGGGUAUAAAUACAGACUCACGUGCAUGCACUGUCGUUUUUGUUUUUGUUUUUGUUUUUGUUUUUUUGUCUGCACACCUUUUGCAGUUUGUUUUGUAGACUAUGAAUGAAAUGCAACCCAUUUGUACAAAUGUGGAUCUUGAACGUGCGAGGACUGAAAACAAACUUCGCAAAAUCCAGGCAGAGAAAAUGCGCCGAGACCGAAUCAACAGCAGCAUCGAGCAGCUUAGGAUGAUUUUCUGUCCCAUCAUGCAGAUACCUGAAGAGCAGGCAGUCAAACUGGAGAAAGCCGACAUUUUAGAGAUGGCUGUGACGUUGCUCAGGCAGAAGGCGGGUUUGCGUGCAAAUUCAAGUUUUACACGUGGCUUCUCUCAGUGUUUGCAUGAGAUGUUGCGCCAUGUGUCCCUGCACGCUCCCCUGCCACACAAAGACCGAGAAGAAAUCAAACGUUUCUAUGUGCUGCAGAGGAUGAGCCUGAGGCUGGGCUUGAUGUUACUAACUCACAAUCAUCUUGCUCACAGAUCACCAAAACGAACAGCAUCCAGGAACCGAGUGGCAAUGUGGAGACCAUGGAAGAAAAACUGAUGGGGUGUGUGGUCCAGCAAUUUUAUUUAUCACUCUUUUAACAUCUUAUAGAAAUUUAGUGUUUUUAUUUUUGUUGUUGCUUUGUAAUUUUGUGCAACAUUUGCAUGUACUGGAACUAAUCUAGUUUUAUGUUACUUAAUUUGUCUACAGUGUACGCAACAGGAUCUCAACCCUUGUCCUGGAGUACCCCCUGCACAUUUUACUGUUCUCUCUGCUCCCAGCAGACCCACUUCAACCUUAUCAGCCAAUUACCAGCUUUUCCUGAGUUGAAUCUUGUGUGUUCAAACACUAAAAUAUGCAGCACAGGGUGUACUCCAAGACCACAGUUGGGAACCUGUGUUGUAUGACAAAAAAGUGUCCCUUUUUUUUCCAGAUGAUGUUAUUGUCUUUUGUGAAGGCGUGUGCUAUGAUUCAAACCCCAACUAUCAAAUUCAACAUGGAUCUUUUCUUUUGGUAUCAUGUUGUAAUUGAAAUCACUUAAUAAACAUUCCAGGUAUUUAAGUUUAACCAUUGGCUUGAACCAUUUUUUUAACCUAGCAGAAAAAAGCCUGUG